AUGGUUGUGGUGGGCAAGGCGACAGACACCAACCAUCUAUACCUCUCUUCCACACUUCAACGAAAACCCCCAACACCAGACUUGAUCAACAACCUUGAUCAGCAAGCCGCCAGCAUGAAGUACUCGAUAGUCUUGAGCGUCAUGUCCACUCUUGCUGCUGCAGCGCCACUGGCCAUCAACAAUCCUCCAAUUGUGACGAUUGCCUUGAUCGACGAACCAACAUGCAAAGCCCUCAAUGCAAACUUUACACAACCGCCAGGAACAUCGACCAACAACCCCAUUGGCCCUUGGAUGAUGGAAAUCCCUUUGGACGUCAUGCAAGACUUUAGCAAGAAGCCCCAGCAGAUUGUCGAAAUCGACGUUCAGCACAUUACUGCAGGCAUCGAGUCUCACGGCUUUGAAGUCAUGGCAGACGACCCGGCUGUUGUGUGCGAUGUCGGCGUGGCUGCGGCGAAUGACAUCCUUGUCAAGAUGGGCUCCGGACGGACGAGGGUGACGAACCUCGAGUAUGCACAGGUCACAAGUCUCUACUGUUACAAGAGGCUGUCAAUUUAA